AACCUUUCCUACCUGGCAUUUGUUUCCCCUCCGGACUCAUAAAAAGUCGAGGGAAAGGAAAUCAAGAUGGCGCGUUCAGCGAAGACAGCGUUGGUUCUGUGUCUGGAUGUGGGUUUUUCCAUGUCCAACUCUGCCCCGGGACAGGAAACGCCCUUCCAACUGGCCAAGAAAGUCAUCCAGAAGUUUGUUCAGCGCCAGGUGUUUGCUGAGAACAAAGAUGAGCUGGCUCUGGUGCUGUUUGGGUCAGACGACACUAAGAACAACCUAGCUAAAGACGGCCAGUACCAGAACAUCUCGGUACACCGCCAACUCAUGAUCCCAAACUUUGAGCUGCUGGAAGAGAUCCAGAAUGAUGUGCACCCUGGGAGUCAACAGGCUGACUGGCUGGAUGCUCUCGUUGUGUGCAUGGACCUGCUUCAGAACGAAACUCUGGGAAAGAGAUAUGAGCGUCUGAAUAUCGUCCUGCUCACAGACCUGAACACGCCGAGCAGUCCUGACCAGCUGGACGUUAUCAUAGGCAACCUGAAGAGAGCCGGAGUCACUCUGCAGUUCUUCCUACCCUUCCCUGUAGAUGGAGGGGGGUCCAACCCCCCCUAUGGGGGUAAAGGUCUGUCCGCAGAGCAGCAGCAGGGCCUGGAGAUGACCAAGCAGGUCAUGAUGUCUCUGGAUGAAGACGACGGUCUGGAGGAAGUCUACACCUUCAGUGAUGCUAUAGAGAAGUUGUCAGUGUUUAAACGGGUAGAGAAGAGGCCCAUGCCCUGGCCCUGUACUCUGACCAUCGGCAGCUCUCUGGCCAUCAAGAUUGUUGGCUACAAAGCCGUAUGUGAGGAGAGACCCAGGAAGUCCUGGUCGGUGGUAGAUGCUCAGACGCACCAGAAAGACGACAUAAAGAGAGAUGUAGUUUACUGUCUCAACGAUGACGAAGAGACCGAGGUACAGAAGGACGACACCAUACAAGGGUAUCGUUAUGGAAGUGACAUCAUCCCCUUCUCUAAAGUUGACCAGGACCAGAUGAAGUACAAGACGGAUGGGAAGAGUUUUGCUGUGCUGGGCUUCACCAAACAGAGCAUGAUCAGCAGACACCAGUUCGUGGGGACUCAGGUCCUCAAGGUGUUUGCCCCUAAAGAUGACGAGCAUGCAGGUGUAGCUCUCUCAGGUCUGAUCCGCGCUCUGGAUGACCUGAAGAUGGUGGCUGUGGUGAGGUAUGUUUACGCCCGCAAUGGAAACCCUCAAGUAGGAGCUGCCUUCCCCUGUAUUAAGGAGAAGUCUGAGUGUCUGGUCUACGUUCAGCUUCCCUUCAUGGAAGAUCUGAGGCAGUACAGCUUCCCUUCUCUGGAGAACAACAAGAAGUACACUCCCUCAGAGGACCAGCUGUCAGCGGUGGACUCUCUCAUUGACUCCAUGAUGUUGGUGGAGGAGGAUGAGGAUGGAGAGACGAAGGACCUGUUCAAAGUCAACCACAUCCCCAACCCCCAGUACCAGAGACUGUUCCAGUGCCUGCACCAUCGGGCGGUGAACCCCGGUGCUCCGCUCCCCCCGUGGACCCCUGGUUGACUGCAGCUCUCCAGCGCCCCCCUGGCGGUGGCCAGCCGCUGUCAAGCCCCCCUGGAGGCGAUGAAGAAGAAGUUCCCUCUGAAGGAGGUGGUGAAGAAGAAGGAACUGAAGACCAGCAAGGAGCUGUUUGGGAACGGCACUGAGGAGCCUGAUGCCAAAGUUGACGAGGAGGACGACUUUAACCUGGCUGACAUCACAGAGGGAAGCAUCACACAGGUGGGCAGUGUAGAUCCAGCACGGGAUUUCCGCACUCUGAUUCGCCAGAAGAGUCUUCCGUUUGGAGAGGUGUGUCAACAGCUGACUGGCAGGAUAGAGCAGUUGCUUGGCAACAAGAACAUGAACUACUACAUCAAGUGCAUCCCCUGUAUCCAGACCUUCAGAGAGCAGUCUGUCCAGGUUGGGAAUGCUGAUCACUACAACAGCUACAUCCAGUCUCUGAAGACGAGUAUUCCCGUUAGAGGCCUUCAGGAAUUCUGGGAUAUGCUAGUCCAAGAUGCCCUGACUCUGAUCAACAAGGACGAAGUUGACGGGAGCCGGUUCUCCAGUCAUGAUGCCAAGCAGUUCCUGACUGCAGAGGAGAAGAAAGAGGAGGUCGUAGCAGCUGUGGUGGACGAUACGGGAGAUGUGGACGACCUGCUGGACAUGAUGUGAGGUCGAAGACGACGGGGUGGAGGAUGAAGGAAACGUGACCAAACGGAUUUCAACUGUCCAUCUGCCACCUGGAGUUAACGGCAUACUUCGGGAUUUUGACAAUUUAUUGACUUCCCCAGAGUCAGAUGAAUACCAUGUGGAUGCCAUUUUUAUGUCUCUGCAUCCAGUAUGAAGGAAAGUUAGAGGUAAUGCUAGCUGAUAUCACAUACAGGGUAUUCAGAAAGUAUUCAGACCCCUUAGCUUUUCCCACUUUUUGUUACGUUACAGCCGUAUUCUAAAAUUGAUUAUAUUGUUGUCUUUCCUCAUCAAUCUACACACAAUAUCCCAUAAUGACAUCACAAUACCCCAUAAUGACAUCACAAUACCCCAUAAUGACGUCACAAUACCCCAUAAUGACAUCACAAUAUCCCAUAAUGACGUCACAAUACCCCAUAAUGACGUCACAAUACCCCAUAAUGACAUCACAAUACCC